AUGGCCACAGCAUUAGCUUCUGCAGGACAAUCUAUAAGUAAAAUGGUCUUAUUCAAAGGGUUAGUUGGAACUUAUGUAUAAUAAGAUAUAGAGACAAGAUUGCAAUAAGAUGUAUAUAAAAAGCAAAUUAGAGUCAGGGAAUUCUUUACUGAUUUUGAUCGAUUAAGAAAGGGUUGGGUGACAGAGGACAAGUUUCGUUCUGCACUUUCUAUGAUAAAUUUUCAUUUUACAAAGGAGGAUAUAGAGGAAAUCAUUCGAAGAUACAAACUAAAUGAUGGGCUAAUACAAUAUACAACAUUUUGUAAUAAACUUGAGGAGCAAUUUCUCAACAAUGAAGCAAAGGCUCAGGUAUUUUAAGCACCUCAAAUUUUCAAUCAAAAUGAGGAGGAGACUGUAAAAAGAUUAAUGUAGGCCAUAAAAAGAAAGAUUGCUACGAAAAGAAUAUUCUUGAAAUAGCCAUUUUAAGACUUUGAUAGGACUGCAUGUUCACAUAUUACAAUUGAUUAAUUUUCAAGGGUUCUAAAUUAAUUAGGAUUGUUGCCAAAAGAUCAAUAUUUACAGUUACUUAUAAGAUAAUAUAUUGACAAUGGAAAUCCUAAGGAAGUUAAUUAUGUAAAGUUUUGCGAUGAUGUUGAUAAUGUGUAAGAAAUGCUGAGUGGAGUGAUCACAGGAAUCAAAUAGAAUCCAAAAGAUAUUCACCCAGAUGAUGACUUCAUAGAAGACAAAGAAGGAUUGGACUUGAUUUCCACUUUAUUCACAUCAAAAAAGUUGACAGACAAUAUUAAUACUUUGAAUCAAGUAUUGAGAAAGAUCUAAGGAGAUGUAGUUAUGAAAAGAAUCAGAAUAAGAGAGUUCUUCAAAGAUUUUGAUCCUUUGAGAAAAGGCUUGGUGACUGAAUCUUAAUUUGCUAGAAUUUUGCAUAUUCAAAAUAUUCCAGUUUCUGAAAAAGAAAUUUAAUUGUUGUUGAAUUAAUACAAGAUCGAUAAGAUUCCAAAUGGUUAAGUGGAUUAUAAUAAGUUUUGUGAGGAUGUUGAUAAGAUAUUUACAAUUAAGGGUAUUGAUAAGGAGCCAUAAGCUUAGGUUCCUUAAAUAGAUGACUCUACUACUCUACCUGCAAGGAGAAGAUAUUUAUAGAUGACAGAAUAGGAGGCAAUUUAAUUGGAUGACUUACUUAUGAAAUACAAAUAAGCAAUCUAAAAUAAGAGAGUUCUACUAAAACCCGUUUUUGAAGAUUUUGAUAAGACUAAAUAAGGUUAUAUUACAACCAAUCAAUUUUUAAGAAUUCUGAAUCAAUUCAAUUUAUUUCCUGACCCAGUUUCAUUAAACCUCUUAUUAAAGAGAUUUGUCGAUAAAGCUAAUUUAAAUGAAGUCAAUUACUAUGAUUUUUGUAGGAUUGUCGAUUAAUCAGAUGAGGGAGUUGCUAUUAGUAAAUCACAUGCAGAUGCAUUUAAAAAUUAUGUCAAAUCAGAUAAUUUGAGUUAGGCAUUUAUUAGAAAUGAUCAACCUAAUGAUUUUGAAGAUUUGAUGGCUAAAUUGAGAAGAAUAGUCAAAGAAUAAAGAUAGAGAAUUGCUGAAUUUCUUAAAGAUUUUGAUAAAUUAAGAAGUGGUACAAUCACAAUCACUUAAUUGAGAAAAGGAUUAAGCAUGGCAAAGAUCCUCUUGUCAGAUGCAGAAUUCUAAUUGAUUCUGAACAAUUUCGGAUGUAAGGACAAGUAGGGAUUUGUAUUUUGGAAAGAGUUUACAGAUUAAGUAGAUUAAGUGUUCACUACUAAAAAUCUGGAGAAAGUAAGUCCAUCAGAAAGUGUACCAUAAAUGUCUACUCAAUAUAAUUAUGGUAGAGUCUCUAUAACUGAAAGAGAUAGACAGGUGGCUGAAGUAGUGAAAAAGAAAUUCUAAUAUUUCUGUAAGGCUACUAGACUUGAUAUUAAGCAAUUCUUUUAAGAUUGGGACAAGUUGGGAAGAAAUAAGGUGUCUCCAAAACAAUUUAGAUAGACAUUGGCUACUGUUAAUUUUAUUUUAUCUGAUGAAGAAUUCUAGGCAGUUGUCAAGAUCUAUGCUGCAGAAGAUGAUGGUGAUAUCAGAUAUGUUCAAUUUAUCAAUGACACUUAACCACCAUUAGAAAUACUAACAGAGUCUGGAGCAUCUUAGGCAUAUGUUGGUGUUUAGCCAAAAGAGAAAGAAAAAUUAUAACCUUCUGUGUUAUUAGAAUAGAUUAAAGUGGCUGUCAAGGUCAAGAGAUUGAGAUUGGGGGAUUAUUUCAAAGACUUUGAUCCUCUGAGAAAAGGAAUGAUGCCUACAAAUAAGUUUAGAGGAGUUCUAAGUCAGAUGAAGAUAGAUUUAGAUUAAGAAAGUUUGGAUCUAUUGGAAACCAUGUAUGUAGUACCAGAAGAUCCAAUCAGAGUGAAUUAUGCUAAGUUUAUUGAAGAUGUGGAAAUUGUAUUCACUAAAACAGGAUUAGAUAAGGAUCCAUUAAUGAAACCACCUGUUCAUGUGAUUCCCACUUUCCUUGAUCCUAGGGAUGCUUUGACUCAAGAUGAGGAAGAAGCUUUGCAUGCGAUUAUGUUAAGACUUGGCGAAGUUGUGAGAAAGCAUAGGAUUUUGCUUAAGCCUCACUUUCAAGAUAAGGAUAAAACAAAAUCUGGCAAAAUCACUUUUACUAGAUUUAGAUCUAUUAUGGACUUUCACAAAUUGCCAUUGACUGACGAUCAAUUUAGAGUAAUUUGCAAGAGGUUUUAUUAAUUAUUGAUAUCAUUUAGAUUUGCAUAUUAGGGCAUUGAAUUUAAUUAUGUUGAGUUUGAUGAAAUCUUAAAAAAGUAUGAGAACUUUUACCAAUGA